AUGGACUGUAAGGCACUUGCCCAAUAAACUGCUCAAGAAAUUUUAGGUUACUAUCAAGAUACAUCAGGCUGGAAAGUGGUUAAGACUUCAGUAAUUAUUUGUGGAUUUUUAUUCCCCUUUGAGAAAAAGGUAACUGUUUCCAGCAAGGCUUCUAAGAAAUUCCAUGGAAAUCUAUAUCGUGUUGAAGGAAUAAUUCCAGAAUCAACAUCUAAACUAUCUGAUUUCCUCUACAAACCUGAAAACAGGGUCACAUGGGACAAAUCAUUGAAAAUGUACAGCAUGGUACAAAAAAUUGAUUCGGACACAGUCAUAUGUCAUACCAUUACACAAAGUUUUGCCAUGGGCUCAAUAUCCCCCCGAGACUUUAUCGACUUAGUGUAUUUGAAGCACUGCGAAGGGAAUAUCGAUAUUAUCAGUUCUACUAGUGUGGAUUUUCCAGCAUAUCCUCCAUCUUCAAAUUAUAUCCGUGGUUAUAACCAUGCUUGUGGCUAUAUGUGUUCACCUCUGCAAGAGAACCCAGCAUAUUCCAAACUAGUGAUGUUUGUCCAGACAGAAAUGAGAGGAAAAUUGGCCCCAUCAAUAAUUGAAGCAACCAUGCCUUCCAAUUUAGUAAGCUUCCUCCUCAAUGUAAAGGAUGGAGUAAAACACAAAAUUCCAUCAGGACGUGGAUGUCAUCAUGAUGGGCAUUCGUCAUUCCUAAAGGAGAAAUGAGGCC